CACACGCACACGCACAACCACACACACACACACACACACACACACACACACACCCCACUCGCACACCCGCGGCUCGGAGGGAAAGUAUCGCGAGAGCGGCCGGCUAACAACCUGCUCCACAACACCGCCGCGCCGCCGGCCCCGCGCCGCACCCGCGGAGCGCCGCGCACAUGCGGACGCUGAGCCCCGCCGCACGCCGGUUAUGAAGGAAGAAUGGAGUUUCCAGACCAUAGCCGCCAGUUGCUGCAGUGUCUGAGUCAGCAGCGUCACCAGGGCUUCCUGUGUGACUGUACUGUUUUAGUUGGAGAAGCUCAAUUCAGAGCUCACAGAGCCGUUCUUGCCUCUUGCAGUAUGUACUUCCAUCUUUUCUACAGGGACCAGUUAGACAAAAGGGAUAUUGUGCAUCUGAACAGUGACAUUGUCACAGCCCCUGCCUUCAGCCUGCUGCUCGAAUUCAUGUACGAGGGAAAGCUGGAAUUCAACAGUCUCCCGGUCGAAGAUGUGCUGGCUGCGGCUAGCUACCUUCACAUGUAUGACAUUGUGAAAGUCUGCAAGGGCAAGUUGAAAGAUAAAGAAUUAUGUUCAGAAGAGAAGAUUAAUGAUGAGGCGGCUAGUUUGGAGAAAGCGGAGCAUUUUCUAGACGCUGGAGUGCCCCUAGUCCACGAGUUUGACCCAGGAAACAAACAAAAAUUCAGCGUUGCAGAAUACGAGAGAGCAGCAGGCAAAGAAAAGGUCAGCAGUCACCCCGCCUGGUCCUCUGAUCAUAUAAGUGUCAGCUCUGUGCCGACAGAGGCAGAACCGUGCGCUGCAGCAGCUGGAAAAACAAAGGCUAAUGUCAAUAGUUCCACAGGACCUUUGUCCCAAAGGUCUGUUAACCAUACCCUGGCUUCGAGUGAUGUGGACUGCGCGCUGGAUUUGUCUUUCAAGCCUGUGCCGGGGAGAGAUUCCUUACACCCCUCCUAUGUCUUUGGACAGCUGGCUUCCGACAGCCAGCAGCAGGGUACCGAGCCACUUGUUAAAGAUGAACAAGACUUGCUGUCAGAUCAGGAGGACGGCGAAGCCAGGAGUCCGGAGAGUCAGCAUUUUGGGAAUUCAGCCAAAAGCCUAGUGACAGGGUUAGGACACAUGUUCGCGGGGAAUGGCAGCUCUCAUGCCCGAGAGGAGGAUAUAGAUCAAGAGCGAGACGAGAGCGAGGACGACAUGGAUUCGUCGGACAUCUCCUCGGGCGUCCUCGUGCCCCCCGGGCAUAUCUGCAUUUGCCCCCUCUGUAGCAAGGUGUUCCCGAGCCCCCACAUCCUCCAGCUGCACCUGAGCUCCCACUUCCGCGACAAGGACGGCUCCCGCACCCGCCUGUCCCCCGACGGCUCGGUCCCCACUUGCACCCUCUGCGGAAAGACUUUUUCUUGCAUGUACACGCUAAAGAGGCACGAGAGGACUCACUCGGGGGAGAAGCCCUACACCUGCGGCCAGUGCGGAAAGAGCUUCCAGUAUUCCCACAACCUCAGCCGCCACGCGGUCGUGCACACCAGGGAGAAACCCCACGGGUGCAAGUGGUGCGAGAGACGGUUCACGCAGUCUGGGGAUUUGUACAGACAUAUCCGCAAAUUUCAUUGUGGCCUUGUCAAGUCCUUGGUUGUUUGAGAUGUGUGGGGUUUUUUUUUUUGGUUUUUUUUUUUUUUUUUU